AACCUUAUGAUACGUGUUUCGAUGAUACGGUAGCAUUUAUGUAACCCUCUUGUGUUUUGUUUUGGUGGAAAUCGAGAUAACUUUUUGGCGCGCCAAACAAUUAAUGCGAGGCAAGGCAAGGAAGAAGUAAAAUCUAUGUGGAAUGUACUCGUCAACAGUAAUUUGGUAAGUACGGUUCAACUUGUUAAAAGUUCUUCUGCUAAAUUAACAGGAAAUUGGUUUGUUUAACGGGACUUCCAAAGCGGAAAUCGUUUUUUUGGGCCCAUAUUUAUCACAGCAAGAAAGCCAUGCUCUAACACAUGUUGUUUUCUACAGAUCGAGGCCAUUCCCGUGCGAACUUUAUUUACUUUACUCUGAAGUUAUGGCAAAUAAAGCGCUAAAGUCAAUUCUUCAGCAAUACAAAAGCGAUAAAAGUUUAAAAAGAUCAUGCUAAGUAGAAAUCCAAAUGUGCUGUUGACUCCAUGACCAGCAACAAUACGAGAUAUCAGCUUAAAGUGCUUGAUAGUCUUAAAUCGUGAAAGCUAUCUUUGUUAUUCUCUUCACGUAUCUUUUUGACAACGUCCUUCGACUUGCAAAAGCGAAUUCAACUGAGAUUUUAGGGUAAACUUCUCAUUUAGCGCCAUUUUUACACCUUUAUCAUGCUGAGCUAAUUGUAAUGAAAACAUUUAGGAGUCUUGUACCGUUAAUAUCUUGCGAUGAAAAUAGUACAAAGCUAUUAAAUAUCGCAUUGGAUAAUGUGGAUAUCGUGAUUUCGACUUGUCAGCGCGAAGCAGUCUUCUUUAACUUGCUUUUAAUGAACUAAUUUACGCUUCUUACUUCGAUCUCUAAUGUUAAAAGGUUACUGUUCGCUUCAGGUGACCGGUUCAUCUUAAAAGUUAGCAGUAAACGUUUGUUCAUUGAGCAUAAGCGUAAUUGUUUAUUUAAUUGGCUUAAUGCGAAAGCAGCCUGCCAUCGUGGCGACCUCUAGAAGGAUCAAGAAGAAAUAUCUCUGCAGCAUAUUUUGAAAUUUGAACCAGUUGCCGCGAAUUUUUCCAUGCGGCCUUUUCCUACCAAACUUUUUUUACUUUUGCCUGAAACAUUUCCUGUGCAUUUUACUUAUAUGAGGUGAUAAUUACAUGGCAGUUAUUCAAUUGAAAACUAUUUUUACAAUUAAACAAUAGCACAUCUUUUUCAAUACAGUCGGUCAAUUGGAAAAUGACACUUAGAUAUUUGUCUUCUGCCCAGAUCUGAUAAGCCUAAGUAGUCAAAGCGCAAGGCUGUACAUGUACUGUACACUAAGAAAAAUUAAAGGGUGCCCGGCCAGUGCCCUGAACCUGUGAAAUCAGGGUGUGCAGCAUGAUUUUGUUGAAAAAACUAAGAUUUGCUUGUCCUUAAGUCACUCCACAAGAACAAAGGUAAGGUGCCCGCAGGGGUCAUUGGGCACUGCUAGAGCACAGCCUUGCUUAGUUCUAGAAAAUUAGAGCUCAUCACCAAAGCACAUAUUCAUGUAUCAAAGUCAAGAUAUCUCUUACCUCAGUGAAUGUAACAGUAUGGUAUUCUUUGACAAAUAUUAAGGCAGAUAACUUGACAACAGCCAAGUAAUAGAAAAUGGAGAAGAGUAUUGAGACUUGAAAUGUAAAUUGAAAGCAGGAUAUAUUAUUGGAAUCCAUCUGGAAUUUCAGUUUUUUUCGAGCCCUGUUUAGGUUGAACAGUCAAACUUUUGAAAAAUACUGUUCAAUAGGUAGCUAUAGUUGGAAGGGAAGCCAUUUUUUUUACAUUUUAAAAUGGCAAAAUACAGUAACUAUAAGUCACGUGCAAAGAGGUAGGAGGAAAAGAAUAAGAGUGGUGUGGCUGACCUGGGUUUUAUGAAUUAUUUUCUUAGAGGUAAAGCAUUCAAGGUUUUCUCAGGUAAAGCAAAUUUGUCGUGCCCUUUUCCCUUAAUUAAAACACUAAUUAAAAAGGUUCACACCUUAUAUAAUGACAGAUGUUGCAUUUUAUAACACCUCAUUCUUUGUUGAUAAAUUAUUACUAAAUAAUACAUGAAUUAUUAUUUGAUUUUGGUAUUAUUUGAUUUGUUUUAGAGAAGACACCAAGCUCUGACUGAAUUCUUUAACAUGAAGCAAAUGACUGAGAUUGCAUGACACUGAAGAACAUUGGAGCAAAUGUUCAAAAAGAGUAAUGCAGGGGAUCAGCUGCUCCUUGCCAUCAAGCUCAACAAAGUCUCUGAAAUUUCUCGGCUGGUUGCUCUUGGUGUCAAUGUGAACUCAUGGAUAGAUAAGGUGGGUUAAUCUGCCCCCAACCCCAUUAACUUAUAGAGUGCACUUCGUUGGACAGGUUUCUGUGCAGCGCCGGCCAGUUGCAUAAAUCUUAAAGUCUGACAUAAAUGAUUGUCUGAUGUUAACCCCUUGCCUACCAAAUUGCAUAUACAUGUCCUGUGUGUGCUCACUCAGCAACAAAGGAGGUUUAUAUAGUUUUAUUUUGUCCUCAGACAAAUGAAAUCACCAAAAGUCUGGUCAUGAAGUCGUUCUAGUUGCCUUGAAUAAAUGAAGUCCGGUCUUUCAUAAUGACAUGCCAGUUGCUGGGGGUAUUUGGGUCUGCCCCGGCUAGGCAUAGAUCUGAGGAGUUAAGUCCAGUCAUAUACUCAUUAUUUUGAACACUAGAUGUUCAGGUGUGACAAGUUAGCGCUGUAUGAUAGCCUGUGGGGCUAGUGGAAUGACCCAUAGUGCUAGCAUGUAUGAUCUUUUUAUAAUUUCAACUAGGUGUCCAACAGGCAAACAACAUUUUGCAAGAUAAAGUUUACUUAAUGUUUGCUAAAGAGGGGGCUUGUUAGACAUUUACAACUGUUUCAGACUCAAGAAAACUUUGAGCAACCUUGACGUUAUUAGUUACAUCUAACAUCUCAUUUUAUGCAACUAGCACCAGGUGCACUGCUCAACCCUUAUUUAUGGCUAAUUUUGUUCUAAGCUAUCAGUUCGUUGGUAUAUUGAAUCAGAGAAAAGAUAUUGUUUAUUUCCUUUUCAUCCUGCAGAAUGGCAAGACAGCUCUUCACUAUGCAGCUUACAAAGGUCUGCUGGCUUCUGUGAAGGCUCUAAUAGAAGCAGGAGCUGACUUGGACCUAACAGAUGAGGUAUAAAUUAGACUGAUCGUACUUAUAAGUGCGAUACAGUCAACUAUAUCGAGGACCCUUAUAUGUGAUUAGGGUGUUGCUCUUUAGUCCGUGGACGAUGGAGCAUUCUCUCAUUUAUACCAUUUUGCUGGAAAUGAGUACCAUUUAAAAUUUGAGUAAAGAGAUUUAUUAGGCAGUUUUGAAUAUUGUGGUGACAGUUAAUAAAAACAUUGGUUAAUUUGCCAGAAAAUGGAUGCAGGAGUUAUAACAGUUUUCAACUUUUUAAACAGCAUUUUAGUAAUUCUGUAAUUUGUUAAUUUAUUUUAAUAAUUUAUGAAUUGAUAUUGUACGAAAGUAUAGCAACAGUUAAUCAAAAAUAUAGUUAAUAGUUUUCUGUAAUUAAUUUUAUAUGCAGAAUGGAGUGACAGCUCUUCAUCGGGCUGCAAUUGAUGGCCAUGCAGAUGUGGCUCGUGCUUUGUUGGACGGUGGUUGUUCCAUGGACAAGAAAGAUGAGGUAAUCACGUAGACUGUGGCUAAAGACCCCAGCAGGGGUGGAGAUGUUGGAUACAGUUUAUUUUUAUAGUGUGUUGCAACACUGCAUGAACAGAGAAUUAGUUUCUUUGUAGAAGUUUUCUUAUUCUAAUUUAAUGUCUACUCAACAUGGCUAAAAAAAGUGGCUGGUGAACGGACAAUGUGCAGCCAAGAUGACCUCUCUAUUCACCACUUUAAAAACGAGAAAGAAACUGGGUUGAGUAAAACAAAGGCAUAAGUCUUCACAAAGACUUAUGGGAUCAAUCGUUACUGGGGACAGGCCAGCCAGCUAUUGGCCAAUUUGUUUGCAGUGUCCCCAGUAACAGUCCAAAAAAUCUUUGGGAAAGUUAAAUCGGCCCUUUUUUGUUCUCGUUUCUAAAGUGGUGACUGAAAGCAGGAGCAGAUCUAGCAUGCUUGCUUUUAAGAACACAACAAUAAAUUGUCAUCUUUCCAGAUUGUAACAAAUCAACUGUUUAUCGAUUUAGAACUAACAUGUCAUGUUAAGGUAAACUAGUGCUAAGCGUCACACUUUCUUUACUUUACUACAUUCUACAUAGCUCUGUCCUAUCCCCUUUCAGAGCAGUCAUCUCUCUUGUAGCUGUAUUUAGCAGGGUUUUCAUUAAAAAUCCUAGUGGCAGGAGAUAGGUGUAACGUUACAGGAGAAUAUUUUGAAAGAGGCUCCAUGUCUGAAUAAAAAAUAGUCAUAAAAGCUACCAAUCGUUAGUCAGAGAAUUCUGUGUAGUAAAGAAAGAAUUCUGCGAUCUCUGGUGCCUAAUGAACACACUGAUUUAGUGUCCUCAUGCAUACUCCUCCUUUGUGUGACAAUUUAUUACAGUGAGGAAGGCUGCGAGGGAAACUAAAGUGGCCAUUGUGGACAGCAGGCUAGACUCAGUAAAUCUAUGUAUUUUCUUUUUUUUCUUCCUCAGAAUGGAAACACACCUCUUCAUGAGGCUGCUUGGAAUGGUUACAGUAAAUGUGUCACACUUUUGGUGAAUGCAAAAUGUAAUGUGAACCUUCAUAAUCGGGUAAGAUAGCUUCAGUUAACACAGUAUUUAGUAAAUAAAAAAGGCUGUACAAAGUAAUUGAGUAGUAAGUCCGAGAGAGACACUUUCAGACGCCGAAUUUAUUGACCUUGUUAAUUUUAAGGGACUCAUCAGUUUAUGGUGUUCAGACAGUGCCGGAUCCAGACCUUGAGAUAAGGCCGGGGGUGGGGGGGGUGGGGUGGCAAGGCAGCUUGCCCAUUAACCCCCUCCCCUCCCCUCCCAUCCCCAGUGGUCCCAAACUUCAGGAUCAGGAUCAGGCUAAGGACACUUUAUACAUAUCAAACAUGAGGGUAGCGAAUGUUGUUGAAUUUUGUGGAUUGUAGAAAACUCAAGCUGCACUUGCAAAUUGAAGCAUUCAUUAGUUUAAUCCACUUUUUGUUGACGAGGGGACAUCACAGAAAUUACACAAAUGUUAUGAUAUUUAGCGAAAUGGUUAUUUAGUUGAACUGUUUUUCUAUACUAUCUCUGAAUAAUUUUUACACCUUUUCCAUGCCUCUUUGGUUAAGAAGCAAACAAAUAAACAUACAGACUACCAUUAUUAUAUGUGUUUUAACCCUUUAAACCCUAAGAUCAAAAUUUGAAUUCUCAUUUGUUGCCCCUAUUCAUUUUCUACAGAAGUAGUGGGGAGAAGUUGAUAAAAUAUCAAUCACAUCUUGUGUGGUCAUGUCCGUAAUCCUCAUGACCACCCUGCUUUACGAAUCAUUGAUAUUAUGAGGAGAAAUUUGAUGCUAAUCACUCUUAGGGCUUUUUAAGGAUUAAAAACGAUCCCUUUUCAUAUUCAGCCAAUGUAUUCAUCUUUCUGUUCUUAUGCUUGUAAAAUAGCUAUCAUUUCAAGAAAUUUUCGUCUGCAAAAGUGUAGAGUUAUGAACAGUUAUAAGGCAAAGGUUUCCACUACGAAAUUUUAUUGGGUGUGUUUUUCCUCAGUCUUAGGCUUGUAAACGUUUAACUGAUAUCAACUGAAUCUAAUUUUCCUUCCAGACAGGUUACACGAGUCUCCAUCUUGCUGCACAAAACUGUCACUGCAAAUCUUUGGAACUGCUGUUAAAAGGCGGAGCUAAUCCAGUAGCAAAGAAUAAUGUAUGUCUGUUUUACAGGUUUAUUUGUUGGUUUUACGCAGGUGUAAUAAAUUAACCAUGAAAGCCAUGCUGUUUUUGUUUAAAGGUGAUGUUACUAGGAACGAUUCGCAACGACGAUUUUUUAAUCGCGCGGUACAAUAUUGUUACGACUUUGUUUCGAAUGGUUGCAACAUUGCAUCGCUGUGUUGCAACAAUGUCGUUUAACAUCAUCUUAAACUGUUUCAUUUUUAUCUCGCUGAAUAGUAUGGCGACACUUCACUGCAUAUUGCAGCUCGAUAUGGCCACAAAGACGCUUGUAAAAUUCUACUGGAAACCCCGGAGAUCAACCUCUCUGAACAAAACAACGUAAGUUUUACUUAAUUACAUCUUCCUAACUACCCAAUAGCCAAGUUAAAUUCAACAUUUCGGGGCCACACAACCAGCAAGCCAGCGAGCCAUGCAAUUCGUGCGAGCGAUGGGAAAAGAAUAAAGUUUUAUAAAAUUGCAAAUACAUAGAAAAAGGUUUUCUGUCUAGUUCUCUAUACUAUGGGUACGUGGGUACGUGAGGUUUUGCUUCUGGAAUAUUUGUAGACUUACGCAGUAUUGGUCGAUUUUCAUGGACUACAAUUGAGCAUUCAUUUUAUGGAUUACGGUUAAGCGCUGUUAAGGGCUAAACGCUUAUUAGCUUUCAGUUAAUGUUUUUCGUGUUUCGAUUUUUUUAAAAAAAAUUUCGCAUGGCUCACCGGCUCGCAUUGUUUCCUAACUCAAUAUUUUUGCGGCGACUUUUCACGGAGAGAAUUUUUACAGAAAUUCUAGUGACGCUUGUUGGUAAAUCCAAAUUUACCUGAUACCACAGUUUCCAUGAAUGCAACCAAGACACAACCUUGAAUCUGUUUCUUUUACAAAAUAUUCUAAGUGGCUGAGAGUUGUUUUCGCUGUGAAUUUAUGUUUUAAAAAAAUUUACUUAGGAUGGGAACACUGCACUUCACAUAGCCGCGGGGAUGAGACACGAGAAAAUCGUUGAAAUGUUGAUGAAGGCUGGAUGUUCUGUUACAACGAGAAAUAAUGUAAGUUUAUUGUAAACCUUAUUACAUGAAAUUCCGCGACAGUUUCAGGAGCGUAGCGUCCAUUUACGCACAUAGCCGGGGCGUACAUGUACAGCUGAAAUAUAGAAAAAAUUAUUUAUUUUUUAUUUCCUGAAAAAGCCUUUUUUAAUAAUUAAAUCGGGAUAACUGAAACAUUUUUUGCACUAUGUUGGUGUCUUUGUGUUGUUGAUAUUUCUUUUAUUAUUCCAUAUUCUGGAUCACUGGCCUUUUCCGUAAAAACAGUACCUUACCUACAACACCAGAGAUGGGUAAAAUAAACUAACUACUGCAUUUUCCUGCGUAUUAAUUAGUGAAAAUGCCCUGCGGAAAGCGCUGGAAAUGGCAUUUCCGAGACCCUAAAUGGAAAACUUUUCUGGGGAGCAUACCCCAGACCCCCUAGGAUGGGCCGAUUUUGCGCUACAACUGUUUUUUCCUCGUUUGCGUACACCUUUAAAAUCUCACGCUACGCCCCUGACUUUUACUUCGUUAUUUGUGUGAAUAUCUUGAUCUUAGUAAUAAACUCAUCCUGUCUUGAUUAUUGACAUUUUCUGAGUCACUUAAUUUUAGCGCCAUGUCAUGUUCGCAACACUUAUUGUCCUUGUCACUAUUAUAAUUUCGCGAUUUUUUUAAAUUGCGAACUUCGCGCGCGAAUAAACGUGUCGUGAAAUUUCCAUGUCAUAAGCAUAUUUGCAGUCUUUUUACGCAUCUUAAUGCCAGGGACAUGUUGACGGCAUUGUUCCCAGGCUUGUGUGUAAUCUAAGACUUCUAACGAAACAACAUAGCAUCCGCGGUCGGAAACACCUCUUGAAAACCCUUGGAAACGCCAUUACCGAGACUCUAAUUUUCAAAAUGUCCCUAGAUGCCUCGGCCCUCAAGAACUUGUGUGAGUUCCAGAGCCGCCUACUAUUCAUUAUCAGCCUGCUACUUAAAAACGUUUUAACAGCCCUGACUAGCCAAGUAUAUAUUUUUUUAUUUCUACUAGAUUGGCGACACUGCUACGGAUAUAGCCAUACAGAAUGGUUUUAAAAAGACUGCAAAGUUGUUAACUCCAGCCAGUGGUGAAUCAUGGAAGGUAAGCUACAUAACCUAGUAAACCUUGCAAAUAUUUCGAGUUGGUAACACAGUACAUGUUACCAGUGUCCAUUGCUAUAGCGGGCUUUUCACUUCAACGCGCAUGGGCAGAGAACCAUACAUAACGCGGAUUAGACUGACACACAAAGGGCUCCCAACGCCAACGUAGAAGCGCACUUAGGAUUGUCAAGAUGUUGGAUUCAGUUCAAGAUUACUCGCAGUCGUCAGCAUUUUGCUUUGUGGUGAAGUCUAACUUUUUAUUAUUUUUUUAAAUGGCUGCUUUUCUUAGAGGGUACUUUUUUUCCGAGCCUGCCUUAAAAACGCAGCAUCCCCAGGGUUCUUGAUGGUGCCAUUACAAUAUGUAAAUUUGUAGCGCUUUAGAACCAUCUGAGCUGGUAUUGGCCGCAUUUGCACCAGAGACGGUCCAACUGAGAAUGGUUAUCCGUUGGAUAAUUCGCGUCUUAGUUUGGAAAUGGAAUGGUCUCAAUUUUGGAGGGACAAUCCACCUGACUUUAUCCAUCCGUUUUUUCGUCAAUUUUGACGGAUUUUGAAGAUGGAUUAUCCGUCUCAGACAUAUAAUCUGUCUCUAGUGUAAACACGGCCAUUGGUAUAAAUAGCUCGUUACGUGGAUACUAAAUCAUAUUCAUAUAGGUUUCGUUUCGUAGUUUUUCAGAAAGGGAAGAAAGGAGAGGCCUCGUAGUGUUGAGGUGUCCAGUAUGUAUGUCGAGUCUUUAGACUCCACACAAGCUACAACUGCAACUCAGUUAUGGAUACCCAAACCAAUGUCCCUGGACCAUGACCCCAAGGUGAGUAAACAGAAGGUUAAUAGACCUCGAUCCCCACCACGGAUGGGUUACCUCGCUGUCGCUCUUGCGUAAUUAAAUUUCAUUGGCUAAGCGGAAAAACCAUAAUAUUCUUUAAACUGCUGUCUGUGUAGUGCUUCAUGAAAACCUGACUUUUGUGUUAUCUUUUAUUCUUUGCAUGAACUGCACGUACAGUGUAUGCAAAUUUACAGGAAGCUGGUAUUCCACAUGCAAAUCGUGCAAAAGAUAUUGCAGAAGUCAUAUUUAUGUGAAGCACUACCCAAACGGGAACUUGAAGAAUAUUAUGGUAUUUUUCGCUUUGGCCAACGUGGAGCUGUACAAACUUACAUUAACGUUACCAUGUCCUGUUUUAGAAAUUGCCGCCGAAACGAGAAGCCGACAGCCAGCUUGAAGGUCGGGGAAAAAAGAAAGGUGAAGGGAAAUUACAAUACAAGGUGCUGACCAUCAAGCCAAAUGAGAUGUGUUCGAUUGAGAGAGAAUACAGCGCUUUUCUGAAGAAAAAACAGUCAACACUGAGACGAUCUUACAAGAGCGACAAGAGCCAUUCAAGAAGCACUUUGAAGUCACAGGUAGUCAGGAGUUGUCUAGUAUUAAAACAAUGAGAGCAAUGUUUAGCAAUUCGUAACUGCAGCAUAUCUCCUACUUUUACUUUCUUCCUUUCAGGACGAAAUGCGCCGUUCUGAUCCUGGCUUUUAUGUGGAAUCGAAGAGUUCUCAUGCACGUCAUGUCAGAGAAAGCAAAAAGAAAACAGUAAGGUAAAUUAAAGGAUAAAAUCUUUUGCAGAUCCGAAAACCUGACUGUUCUGAACAUUCGAUUUCCCUUUGUAUCUUUUGAUGACCAAUGGAAAAAAAACAUUCAAGGAACUCCUUUAUAUUGCCGGAAAUCUUUCUGCAGUUCAAUAAAAGCGGAGUAGUUUUUGUAGACUACCAAAAGCUGCCGCUUAGAGCGGUUUUCAUUUGAGUGUCGAAAAGUAAUUGGUUUUGCACUUUCUACACGAUGCGAUUGGCUUAAAAGAUUCGCGCCACCUUUUCAUCCAAUCAGAAGUAAAACCAAAGCCAAUUGUGACGAGCGCUCGCAUGCAUUUUCCCGCGCUUUGCGUCAGCCUCAUGUAAUUACUUCGAGUUUUGAUUGGUUCAAUGUAUUGUCUGUGUCCUAUGUGAUUGGCCAGAGUAAUUACUUUGGUUUUGGUUUUACGACACUCAAACGAAAACCACUCUAAGCCCCGUACAAACGGACGCAACAUUAGGGAGCUUCAGACACAACAACAGCGACGGCUACGAAAACGUCAGUUAAAAUGUGAUAUCGGGCUGCUUCAAACUUAAUGGCGCUCAUUCCAUCUCGUUUAAUCCGUCAAAUGUUGGCAAUUUUUCUGGGGUUGAAUUCUAAAGGACUGUAUCAAAGUUUAAAUAAGGAAAAGAAAAACAAAGUCGAUGUCUUGUGUUCACGUUCGCCACAAAACGUGAAAUUAGGCAUUUUCACAUCGUUGUGGUGCUGUGACUGCAAAGAAAUGUACAAAAAAGCGUGAUGCACGUGCAAAUUUGUUGUUUUGCCAAUCUAAACCAACUGCUUUUUUUGCCGUCCUCGUUGACGUCGCCGUCGUCGUUGCUUAAACUCCCUAUUGUUGGUCAACAACUCCCAACAUUGUUAGAUGUUACAUGUUGCGUCUCCGUUUGCACACCCUGUUGCAAGUUGUUGCGUGUUGUUAGGAGGAGUUGUUGCGCAAAGUUUGAAACCGGUCAAAGCUACAUGCAAACGGACGCAACAACCUCCAACAUUGUUGGGUCAACAAUGUUCAGAGUUGUUUGUACGUAGCUUUAUAUCCCCCAGUUAUAAGCCCAUCUGCCUGUAAACAAAAAAGUGCAUUCGAUUAUUAGCCCCCCACCCCCUCAAACUUGUCUUUUCUUGAAUUCGAUUUAUUAUGACGUUUUUGUAGCUUUGUUUGAAGCCAGUAAAUGCAAAACGUUUUUUGAUCAGCACGGCAUGCUAUAGCUUGUUUCGAAGCAUUUUUUUCCUAAUAUUCCGGUUAUAAGCUUCUCUUCUUCUGAGCCCUUCUAAGCCCCUUACGAAGAUGUAUAAACCCAGGGCUUACAAGCACUAGUUUACGGUAAUCACCAGACGGUAACUUCAGUCCGCCACAACCAUUAAGCUUAGCAAAAGUGGCAUACAUAGCACAUAAAAGCUUUAUUUCAACUCGAAUUUUAGGGAUGCUGCUGAGUUUAUUAUCUCCGAGCACAAUCAAUUAAGGAACAUGGAAUAAAGUAAGACCAUUAAAGGCUGUUAAAAAUGACGCAUUAUCAUCGAGUUUAAAAAAUGUGUGAUAAUAGCUUUUGUCUAAAUUCCUUUAAAAUCUACAAUUGCCCUUAAAUUAUUGGGGAGGAAUUUCCAAUAUGUUGCGGCUGAAUGAAUUAAAGAAUGGAGACCAUACGAUGUGGUAGCCUGUUAAAGAAAUAGGAAAAAAUUUCCCUAGUCCUUAUGCCUCAUUAUUCUGCCCGGCGUAUGCGUUUCGGGUCACGUGGUCCGAGCUGUCGUUAGUCUUGGCUACGUCAACGAAAUGCAUUGACUGGGAAGGCCUGGGAAGACUAGGCGAGGAAAUAAUUACACCGUAAUUAGGUUCUGGAUUGUUGCUGAGGUAGGGGCUUUUAAAAAUACAUAGCGCCAUGCUCUGACUUUGUGAAAAAGGCCGAUUAUAUCUGAUCAAACUAUGUCAGUGAUUGAGCCCAAAUUUGAAAAUGGAAGACAGAUUUUCUGAAACAGUACAGUAAAUAAAAUGUGGACAAACUUGCUGUAGUUUGAACUGUCCUUGGAAACUCAGUUGUUGGUGCUUCGAAUGGAUACUCCUGAAAUAUUCCUUAAAUUUUAUUACCAAAAAACCAGCACGAACGAUUGUCUCGUAAUCGCAUUAAUUUUCCCUGUCUUCAGAUUACCGUGCUGUAGGUCGUGAUAUAAUCGGAACAACGAGGACGACUACAGUGGAACCUCGAUAUAACGAACCUCUAUAUAACGAAGUUGUCGAUAAAACGAACGAUUUUUUCAUACCCCAGUAAUAGUAAAAUAUAUGAAAGAGAACCUCGAUAUAACGAAACCUCGGUAUAGCGAACCAAUUUUGCCAGUCCCGUGGUCCUUCGUUAUAUCGAGGUUUAAGGGAGGUGGUGAAGCAACUUCAGACGUGCGUGGUCUGCUUCCUGCUUCCGAAUGACCAAGAAGCACAGCGGGGAAACUUGGAAUAGAAUGCCUUCACGUAAAUAUUUCAUUUAAUGUUGUCAAACGUUGUGGAUAACUUUCGUUGCACUGUUUUGCAAAGCUUGAGGCGACUUUCCAUUGUACUUCACUAAGUUUUUUCUCCAAAUCAUUUAAAUGGCAACAUGUAAACACAAGACAAAAAUUCAUCCGGCAGUUGUUCAUCUCAGUUUAGAUUAUUCGUUCUAUACCUCCACGUGCUCGUGAUUUUUUCAUUGACUCAUAUAAUCCAGUCCCUACCUUUCAUGUGUUGUACUGAACGAAGUUAACUGGUAUUUUCAGUUUGUAUUCCACUCGGUUAAAAACAUACCUCCACCGUGUCGGUGAUGCCAAAAACAAUAGGUGUAUGAAGGGACAGGAAAUGAAUAGUUAUUGCUUGAUCGAUAUCGCUUAAAAAACUUGUUUGUAAGUGUGAUUAAGAUCUUUGAAGAUACCGCAGUAUGCCAUAGGGGUCGGCUUUUGAAAAAGAACGCUAGUAAACCAAAGUAGAAUAACUCGAUUGCAGCAAAAUCAGGGGCGGAUCCAGGAUUUUUUUUAGGAGGGGGUGCACUCGUAUCUUGCUCUGCAUCAACACCAAUAAACCACAUAGUUUUUGCAGAAUACCAGUUGUAUUAGAAAACCGCAGGUCAUCUCAGGGGGGGGGGGGGGGGGGGGAAACAUAAAACCAAAAAAAAACAGAUCAAUCGCAAAAAAAGGAGGGCGGUAUGUAUGAUUUUUUUGGGGGGUGGGUUCCACUUUCUUUUCCCCUAAAACCAACACAAUAAACCCCUUUGUUUUGGAAAAAAAACAGUUGUAAAAAAAACCCGGGCGCGCGGGGGGGGGGGGGGGGGGGGUGCGCACCCCCUGCACCCUCCCCCUAGAUCCUCCCCUGAAAAUAUAAAACAACUUGAGCAACUGAUUAAUUAGCAGUAACGCCUCAUAGCGUGAUACUACGCGACAAAGUCAUUUUUGAAGUCGUGAAGUAUUUGCUCUACAAUUUACAAGAGAUUAACUUUUCAACACGUUCAUGAAUGAUUUUUAAUCGCUUCCGAUUUUAAUAUGCUGUGAAAUCAUUUGUGAAAGCACACCUUUUGUUUUCCUAAAUGCAAAUUCUUAUUGGAGUUCCUGUCAAUUCAAGAGCUUUGUUUUUUCCUUUUCUCGACUGCCACAAACAAAAGUCCCUCAAGGUUACAUAAUUGUAGGAUCUAUGAACCAUAGACAAUCUUGUGGUUUUCAUCAAAUUAAAUAGAACUGAAUUGAAUUAAAUCCCUCAAAAAUGCUUUUUUCUAGCUUUUUUUUACCAAAACCACUGACGCUGACAACACGUUCAGACAUGUAACCAUGUGAAUUUAGUUUUCCCGUUAAACAAGCUGGCACCUUGGAAAACUUGAGUCGUAUAACACUCGUCCACUACAAUAACUUUCGAGUUGCAUGGUGGAUGAAAUCCUUCAGAGUGUUGGAAUAGCACUUUCCUAUCCCACUGUUUGCUUUUCCUUUUUUUCACCAAAAAAUGAGAUGUUACUUGAAUUAAAAUUUUGGCCAGCCAUUAGAAAGAACGAACAGUAAAUGAGCAUGUCCGAGCCAAAGUAUUUAGGGCUGUUUUAGUCAGCUGGAGAGCCCCAUUUUCAUGUUAUUCAGCUUGCAGUUAGAGUCUAGCAUGAAAGCUUUUGUGAGUAUAUUUGCUAAGAGCUUUAUGGGCGGUCCUUUGUGUAAUGUAUUGUGAUUGUUCUAUGGACUAUGAACAGGCCAAAUUUGCAUUCGCACGAGAAGAUGUACUACACAGAUAACCCUCGCGUCAGUGCGUCACUGGCGCGCGAGAAGUAGUUUAUCUUAUAGCCGAAGGCCUAUGCAACGUUAUCUUAACGACAGUCAAGCUUUUCUUAGUACGGAGUUUGAUAAUCGACGUCUUCGGAAUGUCGAGAAAGGCUGUGAAUCCAUGGGUCUGCACUAUGAGCAGGUCAGUAUAAACAGUUAGUCAUCGAACAACGAUGUGGUUUACUUACCCCCUUUUGACCUCUGGUGUCUGAAUUUUUAUCGCUUAUAAUCGAGGUUUUAUCCCUGAAUUCAAGUUCUUUCGUGCAGUUUUACCACUGAAAGUUUUCGUAUGCGGGACUGUCUGUGUGGCCAUGUUUUAGAGGGGGUCUGUAAGGCCUAAUUUGCCCCCUUCGGCGAAAAGAGUGAGAUGUUUAUAUGUUUACUAUCAACCUUCGCUCUGUCCGUCUCUCUUUUUUUUUCUGAAUUAUUGCCUCUUUUUGUUACGGUUUACUUGUCAUCUGUGUUCUAAACCGAUAUUUCGCAACUUCGUUCGCUUAAACGGCUUUGAAACCGAUAGUGAAGAAACAGACAUGCCACUUCGUUUCAUUUAGGCGAACACAUCCGGCGAAGGAUUAAAAAUAAUACUUCUUUCUUUACAACUGUAUUUUACCGUUUCGUUAUUAAUAAGUUUCUCUGUUGCAAAGGUGUGUAUAUUUUAGAAGCGUGUAAAUUAUAAAAGUGUUCGUACGUAUCAUUUUGGUGAGAUUUUGUUCAAGUAGGAUUCGAUUAUAAGUAUAUUAUUGUCUAUGUACUCGCAUGUAACGAGGUGCCAAGAAUGAAAUGUAAAGUUAAAAUACUUGUCUGUAAGUCUUAUUUGCUGAUUAUGGGCAUUUUCUAAAUCCAAACCGUACGUUUGCCGUUAUUUGAACUCUAACUGAGAAGAGUGGCAUAUUUAUGCGAUAUCGCUUCAGAUGUCUAACACAGUGCUCUAUGACAACUAUGCUGAUGGAAAAACAAAAAUAGAAUUCGUUAAAUUUUUUUUUCAUUUUCUUGUUAGUUUUUAGUGAACGGCUUGUAUAUGUUUCGUUUCAUUUAAACCAUUCGAUGAACGAGCAACUUUGCGAGAACUCGAUUUACAUCAGAAUUUUAUGAGUUACAUUGUAUCCUCUCUUGAUUGUAUUUGAGAAGAAUUUUGAUUAAUUUGUUGCACGCGUACGGUCCAAGGAAAAAGAGCGGGAUUUCAACCAAACUAAACCAGGUUUUCUGUAUUUGCUUGUUUGUUUUUUUGCAAUUAUUGCUUUAUAUUUUUAGAAAGUUACGUUGUUUUUUUUGUCAUUUAGAUAACUACGAAUACUUUAAGAGUCACUUGAAAUGCUUUUUAAACCAUGAGUGCUCUUAACGCACUCUUGAACACGUUGCUCGUAAGUUAGUUCAGUGAUCUUGACGGCAAAAUUUGCGUUAUUUGAUGAUCUGUAUCGCUGAAAACUUCUUACUCAAAAAUUUGGACUAUAUGUCUGUCUGAUUGUUUCACGCUUCUAGCGUAAUCUUGGAAUCUCUUUCUCUAAGAGAAAAUGUUGCUAUUUAUAAAACGGAGGCUGUGUUUCUGCGUCAUUGAGGAUAUUGAACGUGGUCUUGAUAAAACGCUUUAAAUAAACAAAUGUAAUUGCAUUCAGUUUAUGAGUAAUGGUCGAUAAAGGAUUAAACAUUUUCUUUAUCUCAUCACUUGAUGUGAAGUCUCGUUUACAUUGCUAUAGUUUCAUAGUGAAUAUUUUAAUAAGCUUGAUUGUUAAGAGAUUAACGAUGGGAAUGACGCCGGCUUGUCGUGUACGUGUGGACGGACGAAAACGGAGGUUUUCGAAACCGUUGAUUUCAUACGUUAUAUGCUACUAGAAUUACGCAUGCUCUGUAAGGGAUGUUCUCGUUUUUUCAUCGUUUUAGCGUUUUCAUGUGGACGGGCGAAAACGAUUCAAAUACCCUACGUCUAAAUGCGUAUUUUUUGAAAACAGAAAAAAUAUCCGUUUUCAAAAAAAAUCCCAGGAUACGUGUUGACAGGGCCUUACUGAGAACCCUGCGAGCAGUGAACCUUCGAUCUUCCCGUCUAGGAAAAUCGAAGGUAAUGAUUAGCGGAUGUUGUAUGAAUAUAGUACGUGAUUUGCAGCGUAUGCACGCUCGUGAUGUAGCAGUUAUGGUUUUGUACAACUUGACGUGAGUGAGUGAGUCGAGUCUUCGGUUGUUCAAAGGUGUAAAGCGCUGUCCACGGAAUAAAUCAAUGUUAAGUUAGUAUGUAGACUAAGAAGUGGUCUCGCUGUCAUUAUAGCGAGGCAGAAGCUAACCAGCUCCCUGAAAACUUUUAAAACUUUUUUAUGACAAUUGACUUGCUGAAAGCAUAACUAAAUGGGUGGAGAGGAUGCAUGGCUAUUAGGAAACGGUUCCGUCCAUUAUCAGGACAAAUUUGUGAAAUUGUUAAAUUCAUUUGGUCAGGGAAAUUUCACAUUCGUCAGGGAAAAGUCAGGGAAUUUCAAAAACCUCUUAUUUGUGGCAAUCAUAUUAAUAUAUUGAAGUAAAAGUCCGUGCUGAAGGUAAUAAAUUGUUGUUUGUCCUCAGUGCUCAAAGCAGAGAUGAUUUGGAAAUUGCUCUUGCGCCCAAGAAAAACAAGAAAGACAAAGGCUUAUUCGCAAUUUUUAGAAGUUCAAGUGACCCAGACUUGACUAGUGAGAUGAAAAACGGAACCGUAGUUGGAAAAAAGCAUAAGGAGAAAUUUCCUAACUCCAAACAACUCAUGGCGAAUGGGGUGCACCAUAGAAUACCAGAGGAGGCGUUCAACGAAAAGGGGGAAAUCGAAGAAACGAAAGAGAAUAGAAGGGAGAGAAAGGAAAGGGAAAGGAGCGAGCAUAGAACAGAGAAGAGAGAUAAGUCAAGUAAGAAAGAAAGAGAUGACAAGGAUAAAUGGGAAAAGAAGGAGAGAAAGAGUGAAAAGGAAAAGGGAAAAGGAAGGGACAAGGAGAAGAAGCAUUCUCGACGCGAUGAAAAGGAAGGAAGUGAAGCCGAUUGCAGUGUCUGCCAGGAGAAAUUAAGAAAAUCUCGGGAGAAGUCUCAUUCUAAAGAAUCAAGACAUAGAGACAAAGAACACGUCCGUUCUAGGUCUGAACAUAAACGAGUUAAAGAAUACGAUAACCCGGAUAUAAAGUAUAGUGAUCAACGAUCAACUGAUGAAGAUAAGGAGUUCAAGAGAAAAAAACACCAUUAUGAUCGAGAAAAAGAGAAAGAUAAACCCAAGAAGGAUAAGCAUCAUAGUAAACACCAUGAAAGACACCAUAAUAAACAUCACAAAAGAAGAAAUGAGGAGGUAAGCAGCUACAAGCAUCCUUUCCGUUGUACCAUCGCACGGUAGAUAUAUUUUGGUCGCCACUGACGUCACGUCACGCCACACCUGUUGAGCUACUGCUAAAUAACAGCUGCUCAGACACGGGAAGCUCUGGAUGGAUUCUCCUUCCUGAAGCCUUUAUCCUUGUGUCAGCGCCAAGGAUCAAGAGCUCCUGCUGGGACCAGGAUAACGCAUGCGUACAAGCGCAGUAGUUCUCAUUUUUGUAACCGUUGGUAACGGCUACUAUUUCAAAUUUCUGAGGCUGCGCAGAAAGCCAAAAGUCCGUGUUUUGCGGACUUCCUGCUUUGGCCUUAGCCAGAGCUGUCGAUCCUUGGCGCUGGUCUGGGGAGGAGAAUGCUUUGGGCCUUAAAUACACUGGUUAAUGGUCAUUUCCAUCUAAUGUCGCAUGUGAGAGCUUGGAAGGCAGCGUGGCAAAUUUUAGUUCUUAUGUCACUCUUCUGAAUUGACUGACUUAUUCGUUCAAGCAAUGACGUGCUUUUCGCCAAUCUGUCACUUUAGACAGACAAGGAAACUGAGCUGAGUGAACUUUCGCAAAGACUUCUGGGACUGUUACUGGAGGAAAGUUGGCCAAUAGCUGACCGGCGCUCUCCCAGUAACGAUCCCAGAAACCAUGGGGGGGCGCAUUUCGGCCCCAGUUCCCUUCACGUUUCUAAAGUGGCGAAUGGUAGCAGUUUAUCCUAGUUCGUGUCAAGAGAGAAAACCAAAGUUGUACUACUACUAGUAGUAGUACUAGUACUGCUACUGCUACUGCUGGUGCUGCUGCUACUGCUACUGCUACUACUACCACUACAACUACUACUACUACUACAACUACUACUACUACUACUACCACCACCACCACCACCACCACCACUACUACUACUACUAUUACUGCCACUACCACUACCACUACCACUACCACUACCACUACCACUACCACUAUCACUACUACUACUGCUGCUGCUACUGUUGCUGCUCCUCCUCCUCCUUCUCCAACACCCUUUAAACUCAAAUAAAAAUACAUUCGUGAUAAGUAAGGUAAGAUAAGUAAGUGUGGAAAUAAUUAGAAUUUGGACAAAACGCAAGUGAAAUUAUUCCCUAAUUUCACGAGUAAACCAUUUGAUUACCUAUUAAUAUCAUGGAUGACGAAUUACGCUCACAAUCGUAGGUUUUUUGACCUUGUCUAUCGUAUUGAGGACUCCACAUACUGCGGGUGAAAAGUUAAGGGCAUAAAUUUUGACCUAAGCUCACAUUUUUCUGAAAUUUUCAACAAAAAUACCUGUUAGAAUCAUUUUUGAUAUGCUUUUUCGGGCGUUCAGGUUUUCUAAAGCGUCUUUUGAAGCCCUGGCAAUUUUAAAACCUUGACCUCAUCUUGGCACUAAGACAAACAGAACGUUGCCAUAGCAAUUUUGUCAUUUCACUGACAUGUGAGAUUAUAAAUUAACGCUGAAAUUUCACCCAAAAUCAAGAGGUAUUUUUUUCACCUGUGGUAUUAAUUGAAAAAUGUUUUUUUGCUUUAAGGAGGAAUUGCGAUCCAUUCCUUGUAACCCCGAUCACUGCAGCACCUGCAAAGCGUCUCUCAGCCGACUGGAGGCUUGGCAGGAACGUUGCACGGCAGAAAUCGAAUCUGCUCGCCGCAGACUGGAACACAGACUUCAGAGACUGGAAAAGAAGCUGGAACAUCAGCGGUCGGACGAGAGACAGUCACGGGACAAAGAAAUUAGGGAAAAAGAGUACGAUCGCGUGGUUGAUCGCGUCACGGAUGAGUGCCGCGUAGUAAACAAAAGCGUGAAAGACUCCACUGGAGACGUGAAAGAAGAAAUCCGCGGACUUAUUAAAGGUGGCUUGAGCAAGCUCGAGCUUAGACUUGGACAAAUAUCCACAGGAUAUAAUAUACCGUUCAUGGACUUUAAAGACCGGUGCAACCCUGAGUUGGGACGGAACUGUACUGCUUCCCGGCGUGCAGUGCGCAGUAGAAGUUCUCCCCACCUGGGAAGGGCGCCUUGUGCGGACUGCGCAAGCGUCGUGGAUCAGAGAAUGGGAGUUUCUCGUAUGUAGUAGUUAUUUGUAAUUGGUUCAGAUACUAGAUGCCUCUCUGAUCUGAUUUCUUAUGCAAAGAAGGGCUAGAUUGUUGGGAUCGGAAUAUCGUUGAGUGAUGAGUUGCGGAGAUAAACGCAUCCACAAAGUUUAUUAUUCGUUUGUUUGCACAUUCCGCUCCAGAAUAGCCCGAGUAUCAGGCGUUCCCGGGGGAGGGGAAUGGUAGGGGGGAAAGGAGGGGAGAGUAGCGAAAAGGGGAGACAGACUUUCCCUCUCUAGCCUGUUUACUGACGUUGUUUCAUUUUUCUUUUCGUUAUAUUUUUGAUCACACGCGCUCGACGGACUUUGAAGAGAAAAUAGAGGGUCUGUGAACAGGCUAUCCCCUCUCUUUCUCUCUCUCUCUGCUCAUUUUCCCUAUUCUCAUGACCUUCAUGUUUAUUUAAGCAGUGGUAUUUUGGGGAGAAAUUAUUACUAGUACUUAAGGGAUUUGAGGGCUGACCAAUUAUAAGCCAAAGCGUACAAUAUUAGAGGGUUUUCCUUUUAUCAUCUAACAUUUGUUACGUUUUAACCGCGGCGCCCCAUGUAAUAGUGUAAUUUCCCGAUCAGAACAUGUGAUCAAGCGUUCCGGCUUCUUUGAGCAGGGAAAAAGAACGCCUGAUCUCAGGUCAGGUAUAUUCCCGGCUUUUCUAUUUGUCUAGUUUUUUGUCUUUGUUUUUUGUCUUUGUUGUUUUUCGUUUAUUAAGACCUGUUGACGAAAAGGGGUGGAAGACGAUCCUUACCUUAUGGGCAUUGAUGAUUAUGACAGUGAUGUUUUGCACCCUCAUUCCAGUUUGUAUUUCUAUGUUAGAUAAUAAUUGUGUUUUAUUUUUCUGCACAGCUCUAAACACCCCGCUUAGUGUUAGCCGUUCAUUGACAAGUGGAACUGAUUCCCUCGUCAGUUCUCGCGUUAGUUCUCAUGCCCUUGCAAGUGAUACGGGCUCAAUGGAAACAGUCAUAGAAGCUCGUCCUGUGUCUGAGGAAGAAGCCCUUAAAGUACCGGAAACAAUAUUGGAGGCUCAGCCGGUAGUGGAAGAGAGCGUUUACAAUGUGAAGGACACUUAUGCCGCCGCGCAGGUACGGUUUUCGGAACCACCUACCCCUCUCCUAAGUCAACAGUAACGCUUACUUCUCAGUUAGGGCAAAUUGUGACUUGGGGGAGGGGUAGGUGGUCACUUAGCCAGAAACCUCAAUUGAUCACGGUUUUCAAUUUCUUUUCGGUUAUUUCACAGCUCCUUCAGUGUCUAGCCCCGUUUUGCGGCCACAUACAGGUUUUUUAUUUGCUAGGGGAAAGCUCUUGCAUUUUCUUUAAAUUUAACUCGCUUAAUGCUUACCUGAGGGAUUAAUACAGACAGCUGUUAAUACGCCAUUUCCGAGUUGCCACCAGCCUCUGUUUCAAAGCGAGGGUAAGUGCGAAGCCGCUGAUAUUAAAAUGAAUUUUUAUUCUCAUGCAAAUGGCCUCAUUAUCACAAGAAAGGUUUCGCUUAGUUUCGUUUUGAAAGUGAGGGUUUUCCGAACUCGAAAAUGGCUCAUUUUGACGACGGACACUUUUUUGUCCGAUUAACAGCUAGAUUCACAUGGAAAGUUAAGCCCGCUAAUACAGACACUUUAUAGGGAACUGUGCACUGAAAGAAGCCGUUGCAUGUCUGAUGGUGAAAAUAAACCUUCGGAUUAGAGCAUUUGAUUAGAGUUUAUGUUGACAUAGUUGCAGUAGACGGAAUGAGUCUCGACGCCAAUUUUAGCCUGCGUUUAGCCUGUGCCUUUUUUGUGUUGGCAACAAGUGAGUUUUGAAAGGAAUGGUUUAGAUUACGGAAUGCGACGAUCUGCUAAUCAUUGACGAAGAUGAACUCGACGAUGAUAUGAUUACCUUUUGUUAUAAAUAUGCAUACCGAUACACCUCUCUCCUCCGCAGAGGCCUCUUUGUGUCGCAGGGAGACUGGGGAGAGGAAAAAAACAAAAGCGCUCAGGGAAUGAUGGGAUGGGGAAACCUUUUCUCUCUUCCCAUCGUCCUCCCCGCGCUUACUACUGUUUUUACUGGGGUACCCACGGGAGCCUCUGCGAAGGAGAGAGCCAAUACAUGGAACAAUACAAUACCGAUACAGUGGAACUACCGUACGAUUAAUUACCAACCACUGUUUUAAUCAAUGAAAGACAUUAAUAUUGACUUAACGUUUACGUGGAUAAUGUUGUAGUUUUUGUGAGAGCUUUGAACCCAGGAGUCAUUUCUUAAGUAGGUUUAGCAUGAUCGUCCGGCUGAUCGUAGUCCUGAAUAUGACUGUUGUUUACACUGACUGAUGUUUCGACAACCUGUGGAGUAGUCAUCUUCAGAGUAGCUGUAGUUUUUGUUUUUCCAUCAAAGAUAUAGCCAAAGUAAAGUUAUAUUUCUCUGAAAGGAAAAGGUAAUAAGCGCUCCCACCCCUUCUAAUAAGCCCCCCUCCCUUUAGCCGAGAUCUUACAUAUGUUCCUGGGCGCUUAUUCGAGGACAUACGGGAAGUUACUAUUUGAACACUCUUGGAACUAAUUUUCGUUUCAACAGGUUCAACACCAGAGACAGAUCCAAGAGGUGGAAAAGUGGUGGCGAGCAAAGGCUGAAGACGAGCAGCGUGUUUUGUACGCCAGGAUUUGUGAACUAGAGCAAAUGCUCAUGAUGACCCGGGUGGGUAGCGGCGGAGACAGCGGCUGUAUAGUAUGAAGCGCAUGCGUACAAAAUUCACAACGGAAACAAAGGAACAAGGAUAACUCCGGCGUCUUUUCGGUGGGAUAGGAUUUGAUUCAUCCCUGACGUAAUGUGGCGAUAAUGACUCUUCAUUCUGUGGUCUUUGAGCCAAACAGUUAAGGUGGUUUUAAUUUAUUAUGUGCCAGGAAGGGUAGUUGCGAAAAUUUACACCUCACCCUUUGGUUUCACUCAUAAUUUAUUCAACCCAAUGAGCCUUCCUAAAAAGUAAAUAAUAACCCCUUUACCUGGCUUCCCCAGAUCACCUACCCACAGCUCCUACAAUUUCGCCGACCCCUAGGUCAUGAUAAAUUAACCCCCGCUGAUCAUCGUUUCUAUCAAAAAGGACAGUUCGUGACUUCGUUACUGACGCGACGCGACGUUCGCUUGCGUUCGCCUUAUGAUGGCGGGAGAUAAAUUAAAAGCAGUUGGGUUUCGACUUUUUUCUUGGGUUUGAGACUGCUAACGUGUGUUAAAUACCGAGUGAAAAAAAAUUAUUGCAGUAUUCCUAAGACUAUUUUUCCGAACACGAUGGAGCGUGUGACAUUCGUCUUUGCAGUAGAUUCUGCACUGCUUGGGCGCUCGACAGAUGAAUAAGUUUUGCUUAAUGAAUAACAGAUGAAUAAGUUUCAAACGUUUGCCUUGCGUAACCCGACCAUGUUUUGUUAAGUACAAUUGCCAUCUAAUUCCAUGGAAUGACAGUGUUUGAGGCAUGACUACUGAAAAUUACUGCGUAUCUUCGACUUUCACGUACCCCAAAGUGCAAUUUGUUUUUCCUACAACAUUUUGUGUAGGUUUUCUUUUCGUUUUCUCAAGGGACCAUUACUGGCCCCAAGAGAAAUUGAAAACAAUCCUUAUGCAAAAUUUGAUGGGAAAACGAAUUGAUUUAUGGGAAACGUGAAAGUCGCAGAUCAUCAGUAACAGCACCGGGUCAAGUCUGUAGUAAUAAUGCGUGUCAAUUCUUAUUCUGUUUUCCAAUAAAUUAUAAAGAGCGUUUUCCAUUUGUUAAGAAAGGAACGGUGAUUUUAAGUGGAGUGGUCUUAAAAAGAAAGCAAGAAACACCAGAGGUAUUACACUUUCCUCGUUUUUUUCCUUUUUUUUUACCGGAAUAACGAAAAAUCACAGGACCAUUUGCUUUC